GGCAGGGCGACACCCGCGUUCGCUCUGGCCGCGGUUGACUCGGCCUCUGGUGGGUACCAGGCGGGAGGUCGGGGGUUUGCUUGGAACCCCCGACUUUGGGGCACGUCAGGCCGCAAUACUGGAGUGGGUAGCCUAUCCCUUCUCCAGUGGAUCUUCCCAACCCAGGAAUCCAACCCGGGUCUCCUGCGUUGCAGGCGGAUUCUUUACCAACUGAGCUAGCAGGGAAGCCCUGAUUUUAAAUAAAGAAGCCUGGGGCCCAGAGAAAAACAAUGCCAGGGCCUUCCACGAUGUCUUGGAUGAUAUAGUAGCACGGCUUCAAACACCCUCAAGAUCUCGGUCCCCACUGCUGUCCCACCCACCAUCAAGAUGGACGCAUUCUGAUAUGAUAAAAUUACCAUUUUAUCUCAUGAUGUGGUGAAGGAAGAUUUUAUCCCUGGGAAUAGGAAAGGCUGAAGAUGCCUCUCUUUGGAAGUACGUUUAGUCCAAAGAAGACGCCCCCUCGGAAGUCGGCCUCUCUCUCCAACCUGCAUAAUUUGGACCGGUCAACGCGGGAGGUGGAACUGGGCCUUGACUACGGAACCCCCACCAUGAACCUGGCCGGGCAGAGCCUGAAGUUUGAGAACGGCCAAUGGAUAGCAGAGACGGGGGUUAGUGGAGGUGUGGAGCGGAGGGAGGCUCAGCGCCUGCGGAGACGGAACCAGCAGCUGGAAGAAGAGAACAACCUCUUGCGGCUGAAGGUGGACAUCCUGCUGGACAUGCUCUCGGAGACCACUGCUGAAUCCCACUUGAUGGAGAAAGAGCUGGAUGAACUGAAGAGCGUCACCAGGCGGAGAAAAUGAAGACCCCAAAGACAUCUGUUUGGAGAACAGGGAGAAACCCAUCCAUCAGAAGAGGGGGAUGUGGCUGAGGGUAUUUUUAGCCAAACGGAGGGAUCAGGUCCCGGGAGAGAGCAUCAUAUAAUAGGGCCAGAAGGCACUGGCCCCCUUGGGUUGGCGGUAGGAAGGUGACCGCAGUAGAUUCCAGGCCAGUCCUGUGCUUCACGGCAGAGGAGACCUCUCUGGGGAGGUCUGGGGGUGACGGAAGCCUUUGAGUUUUCUCCAGUCACUUAAUACCCAAAUGCCCAUGGCUCAGGCUCACCCUCCUGGGACGGAGGUCAUCCCAUCAUCCCCUCACGUCGGUGUUUGAGGUGUGGCGCCCUCUUGUUGGGAGGUGGGGGGUCUCAGAUGAGAGGCUGUCCUGGUUCUCUGCCCUCCAGCCCAUCCUCUUGCUCCUUUAAAGAACACUCGUUUCCCCCAGAUCCACAACCUCCUCUGGCUUCAGCAUCUUGGCAGCCAGUGCCAGCCUUCCAUGGCAACACUAUAUUUUUGUGCUACUUUCCUCUCUAUCCUACUUUUUAAAAUUAAAUUAUGCUAUCUAAUCUCUCUCUGGCCAAAAGACUGAAAAAAGAAGCCUCAGUUCCUGAGGAAGUGAGUUACGGAGGCUGGGUUCUAAUCCUGGGAUGCACCGUCAUCUAGGUUGUGGGGGGAUGUCCCCAUCGCAGGAGAAGCAUUCUAGCUUCCUGGGCAUCCGCAGAGGCUGAGCUGGAGUAAAAACGGUCGCUCUGCCCAGACCCCCUGUCCGCCUUCUUUCUGGGUGUUGGGAUGCGCCUGGACCUGGAGGGAUUGAGUGGUUGGGAUAGAGGGCUGGCUUCCCCAAGUGGGAGUUUGUACCCUUAGAGGGAGCCAGGCUUCUCUGGCUGGUGGAAGGAGCUAGCCAAAGUCAGCAAGAGGGAGUCCAGCUUCCAAAGUCCAGGGGGAAGGCACUGGAGGCGGGGACACGGAGCUCCAGGCUUUAGAACGGGGAUGGCUACUGAGGUCAGCUGUUUCUGGAUGCCCGUUACCGUCUGGGACAGGGCUCUGGAUCUUGUUUAGACUCUCUUUUGCUCCUCAGCUCAGCCUUGUGGAGCAGGGCAUACCAGUCUGCAUGCCUGUUGGCAGAUAAGGAACCAAACUCCAGAGGUUUCAAAAGCUGGUCUGGGAUCAGACAGAGGAAGUGUGGGAGCCUGUGAGCCACAGCCCACAGUGAAAGAGGGGAGCUGGUGAGGGGCUGCCUCGUGUAGUCCAUCCUCAGGGCCAGCUCCCUGUGGGGUAGAUAGAGAAGCCCCAGCCCAGAGUCUGUCUUCCUGGUGCAGGAGAGACUCACUGAGAAGACUGAGGAAGGAUACUGGAUGAGGCUGCAAGUCUUCACGUGCAAAUAAUAGGAGCAAUGGAGAGUUUGCCUAUUCCUCAACCAGUGUCUUUAGCAACCACUUACUGUGCACCCUGGAUGCUAGACACCUGUAGACAGUGGUUCAGUGGUCUUAUGAUGGUUCAGCUUACAAUAUUUUGACUUUAGAAUGGUGCAAAAGUGAUACCCAUUUAGUAUAAACUGUAUUUUGACUUAUGAUAGUUUUCCAGGCUAGCAAAAUGCUAGCAAAAUGGAUAUUCAUUGGAAAAACUGAAGCUGAAGCUCCAGUACUUUGGCUACCUAAUGCAAAGAGCCAACUGAGUGGAAAAGAUCCUGAGGCCGGGAAAGACUGAAAGCAAAAGGAGGAUGAGAAGGAUGAGAUGGGUUUAUUGGGACAUAAACCAAAGAAGGGCCAUGUUUCUAAUUCUCAUGAAAAAUUUUCAAGUUUGUUAUCAUCAUCCCCUGCUUUUAGAUGAAUAAACAAGCCCAGCGAGAUGACCCAGCUAGAAGGGAAGGAUCCAGGACUGAGCUUUGGAAUCAGGAGGGGCGUGUGUUUCAUGGUCCCAAUGAUGUGGGUCCUGGUCCCCUCUGCACCACCGCUGGCACCUGAGGGGGCUUCAGCCGUGUGGGACAGCUCUGCAGUGAGGAAGCGCUUGUAUUUAGGGUGAGGAGGGAAGCAAACCACUGGUGAGUUUCACCAGAGGAAUGCUGAUCGACUUAUUUAAAAAAAAAAAAAAAUCCCUCUGGCUUCCCUGUGUGUGAGAACAGAUGGAAGGGGGCAAGGAUGGGGCCAGAGAGGUGGCAGUUUAGGAGAAGUGGUCAGAUUCUAAGCUGGAAUUGAAGGUGGAGCCCACCAGUGUUUGCUGAUGGAUGUGCUAUGUGAGCUGAGUCAAGGAUAAGUCAAGAAGAGGAGGAUUUAGCUCUUAGCCCCUACCUUUUUCCAUCUCCAUUUUUCCAGUAUUGUAAUGUCACACUUUGAUUAAGCAGUACUCAUUGUUCACGUUAUACCUACCUUAAUACUAUUAUAGAUGAAAUUUGGACUAUACUGUUUAUUAUCUUUGGGCACAAAGGUUAAGUCAAGGAUAAUGAAAAUCUGUAAGAAAUGGGAAAAAGAAUCAGCCAUAUCGCACUAUCAUAAACCUUUUUGGUUCCUCCCUCCCAACCCCACCCCCCCCCCCCACACACACUGAAAUGCUAUGUGGUUUGGGAAUUCUCUGGUAGUUCCGUGGUUAGGACUCUGCAUUCACUGCUGAGGGCCUGGGUUCAAUCCCUGGUCAAGGAACUAAGAUCUUCAAGCCAUGCAGUGUGGCCAAAAAGAAAAGAAAAUGCUAUAUACAUUCAAGAUCUUACCUUUUUAUCAGAUGUAUCUAUCAGAUGCUGGCUAAAAUUCCUCCUCGAAGCUUUAUUGACCAAAUCUACUACUUUGGGGGGCACCCAAGUAAAUAGUGCUGUCUACUUAA